GGGUAAAACAGUAAAAAAAAACUGCGGUGACGAUUUAGUGCUCUCCUCUACUCUUCUGAUCAAACAGCUCGACGAACCUUCACUCAAAUGGCGUCUUGUUCUCUUCCCUUGUUCCCAUGCCUUUCCUCGCUCAAAAUGAAGAUCAAUCCCAUGGCGGCUCUCACCAAUUCCUCUAAAACGAUAGCUCCAUACGAGCUGAAAAUGGGACAAAACCGUCUUUUUCACAAGCUCCCCUCUGGUCUAAAAAUGGAGGUAAUUGAACAGAGGAGAAGCAAAUCCGAAAGAGACAAUCCACCAUUGGUGUUUGUACAUGGAAGCUACCACGCAGCUUGGUGUUGGGCUGAACAUUGGUUACCUUUCUUCUCUUCUUCUGGGUUUGAUUCUUAUGCUGUUAGCUUAUUAGGUCAGGGUGAAAGUGAUGAACCUUUGGGAACAGUUGCUGGAACACUUCAGACGCACGCAAGUGAUAUUGCGGAUUUUAUAGAAACGAAUCUUGGUUCUUCACCACCUGUGCUUAUUGGUCAUUCGUUUGGAGGACUCAUUGUUCAAUAUUACUUGGCAAAUAUUGUAAACAAACAGUCAGUAGGAGCAGAAAAUGCAUAUCCAGAACUUUCAGGGGCUGUAUUGGUUUGCUCAGUUCCACCUUCCGGUAAUAGCGGAUUAGUGCUACGUUAUCUCUUCUCUAAACCUGUAGCCGCGUUUAAGGUUACUUUCAGUUUAGCUGCUAAAGGUUUUCAGAAAUCUAUUCCUCUUUGUCGGGAAACAUUCUUCUCUGAAGCCAUGGAUGAUCAACUAGUGAAGCGUUACCAGGAUCUUAUGACAAAGAGUUCACGGAUGCCGCUGUUUGACCUGAGGAAGCUAAACGCAUCACUUCCGGUGCCUAAACCAAUGGAGAACUCGACAAAAGUUCUUGUUUUAGGUGCCAAAGAUGAUUUCAUAGUGGACGAUGAAGGACUUAAGGAAACCGGGCGGUUUUAUGAGGUUGAACCGGUUUGUAUUGAAAGUGUUGCUCAUGACAUGAUGCUAGAUUGUUCAUGGGAGAAAAGUGCUGAUGUUCUUUUGAAUUGGCUACGUGGUUCGUCUAAACUGGGAAAUUUACAUGCUUAAUGGACUACUCUCGUAGGUGCUUUGCUUCUCACUUCUUUUCUUUUCUUCCGGGAACAUUUUAGUUUAAAAUUUUCUUAGUUAGAUUAUGUGAAGUUUGACUUAGUUUGUGGAUACUUGAUGGUAAAGAUGCUCAUUGAUUCAUUGUGUGAGGAAAUCAACAUUUUCAAGUGGUC